UAUCUUCUUUCUAUUUUGAACCUCCUUUUCGUAACACCCUCAAAUCCAUCUGAUAAGUCCUUGCCCCAACAUUGAAGCACAAGUUGCUUUGCUUGUGCGUUGUGAUUCUUGCCUGAAUUCCUGAUGGCCAGUGCUUCUUUUGGACCUCGACCCAUUCAUCAUCGUUAUAGGUAUGUACUGGACUAGGUAGGGAAUCAUAGAAAUCGUACCACGGCAAAGGACGAAAAUUUACAUCAACAAAUCCUAUUCUCCAAAUCAUUCCCUGGACCAUCCUUCCACCAACAACAUCUCCUUAUUUGUGGCAUGUUUCUCCCAUUAUAGCGUUCGAUUCUUCUUUAUUUCUAGCCUUACCAUUUCCUUUCUUUCACAAUGUCUCUCCCCAUAAGAAGAGCUCGAUUCUCGAGCUUGGGAAGAACUUCUUUCUCUACACGUCCCAUGCCCUCAUAUGCUCGAAGAACUUUCGCAGGCCAUCAAAACCCUCCAAGACCAGGAACUGGGCGUCCUACUGUUUGGGCACCAAAAACUAGAAUUGCUGUGGGCAUUGUCUUUAUUGGUGCUCUAAUCUACAAUAUGGUAUGGAACAUUCGAUCAAUGCUCAAGCCUCGAGCUUCACUUACACCUCAACAGGCAACAGAAGAACCGGCCAAAUUGGACGCCCCUACCAUUGCAGAACGGGAUACUCUCACUAAACGUGAAUCCGGCGUUACCGAGAACUCACCUAUGCGAUUGCGAAUGGAAGAAUUCAUUAAACAACAGCAAAAGGAAAUUGUUCAUGAAUUGGAACAGGUUGACGGCAAGAAGUUUCGAGUUGAUACAUGGAACCGGGAACAUGGCGGAGGAGGGAUCUCUUCCGUAUUGCAAGACGGCAAUGUUUUCGAAAAGGCAGGAGUGAAUAUCAGUGUGGUAUAUGGAACGUUACCUCGAGCUGCAAUUGAUAAAAUGCGAGCCAACCACAAGUCCAUCGCUCCUGAUGUCCAAUCCCUCGACUUUUUCGCAGCAGGAUUAAGUAUGGUUCUGCAUCCGGUCAACCCUAUGGCGCCAACGGUCCACCUUAAUUAUCGAUAUUUCGAGACUGAAAACUCGGAUGGUUCACCUGCCGCAUGGUGGUUUGGCGGAGGGACGGACCUUACACCUAGUUACCUAUUUGACGAAGAUGCUAUUCAUUUCCAUAAGACGAUUAAAGAAGCAUGCGACAAUCAUGAUAAAGAAUAUUAUCCUCGAUUUAAGAAGUGGUGCGAUAACUAUUUCUCCAACAAACAUCGAGGGGAAACGCGGGGCGUUGGAGGAAUUUUCUUUGAUGAUUUGGAAGAAGGAAAGGAUCAGGAAAACUUAUUUGCAUUUGCGCAAAGUUGUUUAAAAGCUUUCCUUCCCUCGUAUCUUCCCAUCAUCAACAAGAGGAAAGACAUGCCAUUUACCGAAAAGGAAAAGGAGUGGCAACAAAUUAGGAGGGGUCGAUAUGUGGAAUUCAACCUGGUACAUGAUAGAGGAACGGCAUUUGGUUUAAAUACACCAAGCGCGAGAGUAGAGAGUAUUUUGAUGAGUUUACCUUUGACAGCUAGUUGGAGGUAUAUGUACGAACCAGAGAAGGGAAGUAGGGAACAGAGAUUGGUGGAUGUUUUGAGGGAACCUAGGGAAUGGGUUUAGAUAUUAGAGAAGGGAAUAGAAUGGCGAGCGAGAUGAUAGCCUUUAGCCGUAUAAAUGAUUUAGAAAUGUAUUUAUUAUACAAAAGAAAAGAAUAAAAAUAAAUGCCAUC